AUGAAUCCUCCGACCUUCGUAAAAGGACCUGAUCGAGUGGUUGUAGAGAAUUGGGUACAAGAGAUAAAGGAGAUCAUGGUUGUACUCAACUGGACGGACGAGCAGAAGGUCUAUUAUGCCGCAUUUAAGAUAACCGGAGAUGAAAAACACUGGUGGCUUUCUAUGAAGCUAUUAAAGGAGCAGAGAAUGGUAAAGAUAACACUGACCUGGGAGCGAUUUAAAGAGCUGUUCUUUGAUAGGUAUUUCCCCUUAUUUAUCAAAGAGGAAAAGAUUGAAGAGUUUACUAACCUAACUCAGGGGAAUAUGACUGUUGGGGAGUAUGCAGCAAAAUUUAUGGAGCUAUCUUGCUUCGCACCGUUCUUGAUCCCAAAUGAGGCAAGAAAGGUACAGAAUUUCUCAAACUUGGUUGAUAAGGCUUCAGUGCAAGAAAAGAGCAUCCAAGGAAAUACAGAGCCUACAGAGCGGAAGAAGAGGCCUAGACCACGUAGUUUUCAGGCUAAGGUCAGUCAAGGAUCGGGAAAGAAAGGGAAUGAUGUUGUGUGCUCGAAAUAG